AUGGACAAAAUCAGUGGAUUGCCUGAUGCUGUGCUGGUGAAGAUAUUAUCGUUUCUUCCAACAAAAGUUGCUGUGUCCAGUAGCAUUUUGGCUAAGCGUUGGGAGUUUCUUUGGAUGUUGUUGCCUAGACUCGAGUUCACUUCUCAGAUGGUUACAACAAAGCCUGGACUUGGGGAUUUUAUCAACAAGAACAUGCCAUUACAUAGAGCUCCAUUCAUAGAAAGCUUGCACUUGCUUCUUGAGUUAUCUAGACGAGACAGUAAACCUGAAGAUAUCAAACGGUGGAUUGAAAUCACAGUUUCUCGCAAUGUACGUGAGCUGGAUAUUUUUUAUGGUUCCGAGAAUGAAAACAUAUUCCCAAGUAGCUUGUUUACCUGCAAAUCGCUCGAGGUCUUGAAACUCAAAUGGGCGACUCUCAUGGAUAUUCCCUCUAGGGCUUGUCUCCCCUCUCUCAAAAUUUUGCAACUUGAAAGUGUGAAAUUCGUAGAUGAACAACUUCUUCAAAAGCUUCUAUCUAUUUGUCCUGUUCUUGAAGAUCUAUCGGUGCAUUGUUAUAAAGAUCACAAUAUGGAAGAGUUCACUAUUAUCGUCCCGUCUUUGCUGAGCUUAUCACUCUUUAUACCUGAUGAUUGGUUGUUCGAUGGGUAUGUGAUAGAUACUCCUUCUUUGAACUAUCUGAAACUUGAGGAUUGUAAUCAUUUGAAUCACAACUCUUUGAUUCAAAAUAUGCCUAAGCUGAGGGAAGCCUAUGUCGAUGUUAGGUACUUUCUUCUCAAGAGUGUUAUUGAAUCAAUCACAUCUCUUGAGCAUCUGAACCUAUGUGUGUGCAAAAGGGAUUCGUCGAAUCUUCUUGGCCAGUACUUGCUCAAGGAUUCUCCCAAGUUACGAGUACUAGACAUCUCUAUAGUGGGAGAUCAUGGGAUGGAUGAGCGUAAUGGUAUGGUUUGUUGGAAUCAACCAAGUCCUGUUCCUGAAUGCUUGUUGUCGAGUCUACAAAUUUUCAACUGGUCACGAUACUUUGGGAGACCACAAGAUAGAGAUAUUGCGGUUUAUAUCUUGAAAAACGCUCGUCACUUGAAGAAGGCAACAAUCCUGGCCGAUAGAAGCGAACAUUUUGUUCCAAACGUUCAGAUGAUCAAGGAGUUGGCACUUUCUCCCCGAGCUUCAAUUAAAUGCCAAGUCGUAUUUGUUGAAGACUUGAAGUGGUUUGUGUAA